AUGACUUCGACGACCUCAAAUUCGACAACCUCUUAUUCGACGACCUCGAAUUCGCUCGACGACCUCGACUUUGGUGACCAUGACUUCGAAGAUCUUGACUUUGUCAAUCUUCAGUUCGACGACGUGGACUUCGACGACCUUGACUUCAAAGACCUCGAGUUGGACGACCUUGACUUCGAUGACCUCGAGUUUAAAGAUAUUUCAACCGACGACCUUAUGUUCGACGACCUACAAUUCGACGACCUUGACUUCGACGACCUUCAAUUGGACGACCUUCAUUUCGACGUUCUCGGCUUUGCCAACCGCCAGUUCGAAGACCUUGUUUCCAACGAACUUCAAUUCGAAGACCUUGACUUCAACGGCUAUAAUUUGACAAGCUUGGCUUCGCCAACCGCCCUCGACGACCUCGACUUUGGUGACCAUGACUUCGAAGAUCUUGACUUUGUCAAUCUUCAGUUCGACGACGUGGACCUCGACGACCUUGAAUUCGAUGACCUCGUGUUGGACGACCUUGACUUCGAUGACCUCGAGUUUAAAGAUAUUUCAACCGACGACCUUGUGUUCGACGACCUACAAUUCGACGACCUUGACUUCGACGACCUUCAAGUCGAAGAGCUUGACUUCGACGACCUCCCAUUCGACGACCUUCAAUUCGACGUCAUCGGCUUCGGUUACCUUGCCUUCGACGACCUUGACUUUACCAAGCUUCAGUUCGACGACCUCGACUUAUGUGACCAUGACUUCGACGACCUCAAAUUCGAAGACCUCAAAUUCGACGACUUCUAA